CUCAUACUUAAUUUUUCCUUAACAGAAACAGGAAGGAAAACAAAGCAAGUCGUGAUCAUAGAUCGCAAGAUUGAACCCACGACCCGUAGAAGUUAUUGCUAGGGAACUACAUGACAUCAGACUACUUUCGAAAAUCAGGAGACUUUCUAGCUUUCAGCAGUAUUCAUCUAGAAGAGCAGUUUAACUAAGUAAGUUUAUUUCAUACUUUUGCAUCGUCGGAUCUUCAUUUCACUUCGUACAACAGACACCAGAAAGAAGAUGUCUCGCCUGUUUUUGAAAUCGUGCGCAAUGCUCGCCGUCUCUGCGGAGGGUGUGAAGAUUGCGACCACGGCAGCGGGCAUCACGGAACUCACGGAGAAAAUACAUGAAGCGAGUCGGGAGUUUGCAAAGAUACGUGAUAUUAAAGGUCGUGGUCAAACAAAGUGCAGUCAAGUCGACCCGAAGGUGUUUAAAGCCGCUUGUGGAGGUAGGCAAGAGCCGACAGAUGCCACGAUUACACUGGAAAUUUCGAGUAAAGCCGUGAUACCCCACUUGUUUCUAGCAGAGACGGACGAAUUGAAACGAAUGUUUGACGAAGGUAUUGCCAGUAACGACGUCAAAAAGCUGAAGGAAUGGGAGGAGAAGGCGUUGAAACACAUGCAAACGGUGACUAAUCGGAUCCUACGCGCGGCCUGCUGCCCGGCAAACUAUAAAAGUAACACUUGCUGCUAG